CAGAAAUUGGAACGUAAAUGGCAAAUCUAGAAAAGAAUCUGAAUGAGUUACUUCUUGAACUACGUCAGAAAAGAACUGAUGUAGAGGAACUCCAGCAGCGUUACGAUGCGGAACUUCUGACUCAACGGGAGCUACGAGCUGAGCUUGAAACCUUUCGUGCAGAGGGAAAGAGCAUGCGUGCCCAGCUGGAACUCACAAACAAGGCUCUCCACCGGAGUGAGGAAGGCCAUAGCAGUGCACGAGAUAUGGCAGUCCGCCACAAGCUCAGCCUGGAGGCUGCCACACGCACCAUCGAUGUUAUGAAAGAGCAAGCCACUAAGCUGCAUUUGGAGAAUGUAAAAUUAAAGAAGCAAAUGGAAGAUUUGGAACGGGAUAUGAAGUCAGAAUUGUUCUUCCGAGAGUCAUGUGUAUCCAAGCAAUCUAAAAACCAAGAGAUGAUUGAAUCACUUACUGUGCAGAUACACAACUUGGAUAAGGAUUACCGAAACACAGAAAGACACAGCAGCCAGGCACUUUCCUUGGGUAGCAAGUGUCAACUUAUGUUGGAGCACAAGGAUAAGAUAAUAACACAGCUGCAGACCCGAGUCAAAGAGUUAUCAGCGGAGCUAGUGAGCCUUAACAAUAAAAAUAUGAACCUUGAGAAUGAUUUGAAGGAACAAAAACCACCAGAAAAACACUAUGUCAGAGAAAUAUUACAAGAGUGGCAAACCUCAAUGAAUGAAAUGAAAACAAGAAUUGCAAACAGUGAAAAAGAAUCAGAAAUACUUCAUCAGUCACUACAAAAUGCUCUCAAUGCCCAAUCAAAGUUCCAGGAACUAGAGACAUCAGCAAAUAAACGAGUCAAGGAGCUUGAGAUGAAGCUGCAGGAGGCGAAGGUGAUGAAGCACAGGAACGUGACAGACUGCAGUGCUCAGACAGAUGUCAAGAUCACCAUUGACAUCGCCUGUGAGACCUCCAUAGAGAUGGUAGAUGUUUCUAUCCAGACUGACUCCAGGACUCAGGACAGCAAUCAAGACAUAACUGUGGUGAAACAAAACGAGAGUUUUCAACUUAAUCAAAACAAUCAAACUCCAUCGUUUUCCUCUGUACGGACCAGUAAUGAUUUGAUUUCCAGCAAUUACCUCAGUGCCCUCAUGUCGAAGUACCAGCUGGAGAAGGAACCCUCCUCACCCACCCUUACACAAGACUUGAGUGACAUGCCAACCCAGCCCAACCCGAGGCUAAACAAUAUGUAGUAACAGAACUAAAGUCAACUCUUUCAACAUGAAAUGUUUCCAAAAUAAGUCUGUGAUUACAUUGUUAAGACUCAUGAUUAUAGUUAAGGUUCAAGAUAUGUUUUGUAUUAUUUAUAGUUACAUGUGUAAUUCUUUGUUUGAUUCAAUGGAACAAGAAACCAAAUUCAAUUCAGAAUGUGAUAUAUGUAAAUAGAAGUAAUAAAUACAACCAUAGAUGUAAGAUGUAACAAUGUAACAAUCUACAAUCUAAUAAUAAUAAAAAUAUGUAUAUAAAUCGUA